AUGGCGUCAUCAUCAUCGUCAACAUUGUCUUCUUCAAACAGAGAAGAAGAUCUGACAUCAGAAAAUGCUGAAUCGUCUGCUUCCAGUAGAGAACAGGUACCGUUAGCUAUUAAUAAUCAAGAACAAGUGAUGAACAAACGAAUUUUGAUUAAACAGGAAAUGGAAGAUGUCGCAAGGAGUACAAAUGUAACUGUUCAAUCGAAUGGUAAUGCUCUUCUUCGCCAAGGACAUUCGACUGUGAAUAAAGUCCUUGAAACAACAACAGAUGAAAGUCUACCAGACUCAAGUCCGAUUGAUCAAGCUGUUCUUCCUAUUACUAAUAGAAACAUCUCAGAAAACAAUACAACAACAGCCAGUAGCACUGUUGAACCGCAUAAUGCACCAACAACGCGUAUGCUGACGAUACAAUUUGCAUCAAAGUCAUUUUUACUUUCUGUUGCAUAUAUUCUAGAAUCUCAAACGAGUACUACAACUGAAGAAAAUAGUCAACAGCAAUCCCAGAAUCAAAAGCACAUUAUGAUAAGCUAUAAUCAAGCUACAGCAUCAAACGUUUGUCAGAAAAUCUAUGAUGGUCUAAAGGCAAGAAACUAUAAUGUAUGGUUCGACAAAAUACAUCUACAUGGUAGCAUACUUGAUGGAAUGGGAAAAGCAGUUGAUAAUUCAUCUAUUCUUAUUUUAUGCUUGAAUAAUGGAUACUCAAAUAGUGAAUUUUGUUUAAUGGAAGCCAAAUAUGCGACUGAAAGAAGAAUUCCAAUUAUUCCAUGCAUCAUGGAAGAAGGAUUUCGUCCGAUCGGUGGUCUUGGUAUUAUUAAUGAUUUUUUCACAUAUAAUCAACUUGUUCAUUUUAUUAUAUUCCAAUUCAAUGUUGUUGACGAUGGGCAACAACAAGAAAGUGACAAUGAUCAUCUUAUACAACACCUUCUUCAAUAUAAUAAAAGUUUAGCAGAAGAUGUCCGAGUUCAACAAGAAAAUUAUGCCAAUAUGCGACAACAUCUUCUCGAUCAAGACGAAAGAUUAGCAGCAUUUGUGCGUUUUCAACGAAGGCAAGAACAAAAUAACGUUCAUCUUUUGCAACGCCAGACGAAUCAACAUGACCAAUUGACAUCGAUUGUUGGUGUUCAACAAGAACAACAACAAGAUAAUGCUUAUCUUCGACAACAAUUUUUUAAUCAAAACGAACAAUUAGCGCAAAUAACUCGUAGACAACAAGAACAAGAGCGAAAUCAUGACAUCUCAAAGCAACUUCUACAACACGUUGAUCAAUUAACACAACUUUUUGUCAAUCAACAGCAGCAACAUGCCAGGAAUAUUGAGGCUUUGCAUCAACUAAUUAAUCGAUCAUACGAAAGAAAUGAAUCGUUAGAAACAAUUAUUGAUCAACAUUUAACACGGCAAGAUAGACAAGAAUCUACAGAAGUUUACUUUUUAUUCAUUUUUAUUGAUCGAACGGUUUCAAUCCAUGAUAGUCCUAUUAUUCAAUUAUCUGUUUAUCCAAAUUAUGGUUUUUCGCCUGAAAAUAUUGAAGUUCGUUGUCAAAUAAUUGAACCAUCAAAAUAUGAUAAUAUUUAUUUAUCAGUUAAAACAGAUUACAUUAAACCAUCAGGUAUAAUUCUUAUGGUUGAUAAUACUAUCAAUCGAUGUCGCACAAAUAAACAAGAAUAUCUGAGUGUUAAUAUUUGUAAUUCAUCAUUGAUACUUAUUUAUAUCAAUCAUACAAUUCUUAAUGAUACCCUUGAAAAAAUAGAUUAUUUUUAUCGUGUUGAAAUCGUAUCAAAUUUAAAAACACGUAUUGGAAACCAACAAGAUGAAGGCAAGGGCAAGAAAUGUUAG